AUGAAAACCUUUGCCCUACUACACAAGUUGCAGGUGCACAAGUUAGCGCUACAGGAGGAUGAACGAGGAGGUGAAGGCGUUUGUUUCUUUUCCCUGUGUGUCAGCAAUGGCUUUGUUUACGUCGGUUCAUCCAACGGGAGGAUCUUCCUUUUUAAGAGAAGAGGGCGCUGCUUAUUCGAACCCGUCCUUUUUCACAGUGUCAUUAGGAGCCACACGUCUGGAAUAGUAACGAAGAUAUUUGCCGUGGACCACCUUCACCUCUUAAUCCACGGAACGGAUAAAGGGGGCAUCUACAUCCUGGGGAGUAAGAAGCUGGCCAGGAGAAAAUGUUUAAGUAUGGAGAAGGGGAAAAAGGAAAGAGUGCGCAAGUUGGUGAGUCAUUUUCAUAAAGGAGCCAUAACGAGCAUAAAUUGUGUAGCGGAGGAGGAUCUGAGGUGCAGGCGCGGAAGGAGCUGCUCGAGAGGAAGGAGCGGUUGGAAUUGCGAGGGAGAAACCUUGUACGUCUUCGUGGGAGACCAGCAGGGAGUGUUCUCCUGCAUCGUUUUAAAGAAAAAAGGGUCUAGGGUAAGAAGCGAGGCGAAUAUACUCCUCAUCGAUAAGACAAACGGACCAAUCAGCCACAUAGAAAUUGAGCGAGACAUAAUUUUGGUUACCUGCGAAAGGGUUAACGUAAUUAUGAAUGUAGAAGACGUGAUUGACAAGAAAAAGACGGGGGGUAGCGACGAAGUCAGCCGCGAAGUCAGCCGCGAAGUCAGCCGCGAAGUCAGCGGCAUGGAUAGCGGCGGUCUCAUUAAAAACGUCCACUUCACAACCCUGUUAAAGAAAAUUUUAACAAAAUUUACAAAUUUUCUCCUGCCGCUAAGACCGAAUGCGAACGUAUGUUACAAGAUAGACAGGGAUCACUUUGUCCUGUUUGAGAUGGCCAAUCCGUUUAGGUCCUUCCCGAGUGGCUCUACAGAUGUCUGCGCUGGUAAGCUGCCAAGGAAUGACGAACAGGAGGAUCUCGCCCACUUGCGAAAGGAUAUAGGCUUGAUAAGAAGUUUCAUCGAAAAGGAGAUGGAAAAUGGAAGGGAAGUCGGAAAGGAAAUCGGAAGGGAAGACGGAAAGGAAAUCGGAAAGGAAGACGGAAAGGAAAUCGGAAAGGAAGACGGAAGGAAAGACGAACUGAGGGGGGAGAAGAUAAAAUGCCUAUCAUUCCUAAUGGACAAUUUGGACAAUGCGGAAAAUAUUUUGCGAAAAAUUAAAAACAAGAAAAUAAUGGUGAUUAAUAUUAAAAGCAUCGAAAUAGAGGAGAUGGUGGAUCUCCAUGUGGGUUCCCAACCCUGGGGAUGCAUCAUGAGGGGAGAGGAAGCGCAAUGGGAGGAAACCCAUUGCACAAGUAAUAAGAGCUCCCAUAAGUUGGGCAAACAAGAAGGGGAAGGGACACAGGGGAAAAUUCCCUGCGGAAAAGCAAAUCUAAGGUUGUCCCCCCAGGAGGAGGACAUCAAAAAAUGCGUUUCCCCAAAAGAAAGAGACCAUAGGGAUAUCCCACCCACCAAUGAAUCCCACAAAGAGAACGAAACAGAAAAUAAAACACACAGAAGAAGAAGAGAUCCUUAUUGGAAAUAUUUCCAAUCCAAUCAGAUAAUCGACUCGGUGAAAUGGAAAAAGAAAAUCUUCUUGUUAUACUUUAAUCCGAACAUGAGAGACGAUUUUUACGUUACGAAAAACAUAAGUGAUGUUUUUUUUUCACCAUACAAUGUGAUACCAAGGGGGGGAUUCCACGAGAUAGAAGAAGAUGCAGGUGAGGGUAAAUCACAAGAGGGGACACACUUCUACCUGUGCGAAUUGCACACCGAGGAUAACUUCGAAUUGGCAAAGUAUCUCCCACACGAAAUAGAAAAAGUGACCCAUUUGGAGAGGUACUCAUUCCACAUGCUGCUCUUCCAUGUGAGUCAUUUUUUCGAUUACCUAAACGCAAAAAGGGAUUCCCUAGAUGCAAAUUUUCUUUUCCACGUGGAGAAGGACCUCGUGCCAGUAGAAGAAGCUCACUGUUUGGACGAACAAAUAAAUAAGGUCCUAUUAAAAAGCAUAGAAGCUGCAAAAAAGAAUAUAAAGAAUUUACUUUGCGCGACCCAAAAAAUGAAAGUAGCUGGGUCGGAGUUGAUCACUGAUAAUAAUUAUCUUCAGGGGAUGGACUUCUUCCGAAGUGUUUAUGCUCCUGUUAAUCCAGCCUAUUUGCAUGUCAAUGUGAAGAAGGCCAAAAAAUUGUACAGCCAGAGAAUUACUGCUUCAGAAAAUUUCCGAUGUACGUCCUGGAGAGGAAGCUGGGGGGUGGGGAAAACCCGCUUACCCCACCAGAACAUAUUCACGCAGAAGUGGGAGUCCAACAGCGAGGAGAAGUCAAUCGAUUAAAUGGUUAACCUGAGGGAGCUUUUAAAAACGUAUAUGGAAAAUGCUAGUUGCAAGAAAGGCAUCCUAAAGGACCAAAUGACAAUACAAGACUUUUUGAAGUGCACGGAGAGGUUAUAUUUUUAUCGAAAGGUUACUGAAGGAGUGUACAUAGUAAACCUAAAUGAAUAUCGACAGAUUUAUGAGUGUCUCUUUCUAUAUGAAUUAUUUGUCAAGCUGUUUGACACAGAAAUUGUUUUGUUCCGCGUGCACUCUAAUUGUAAGGUCAGAGUGGAAGUGAAGAGUAACGACGGUCGUGGGGGGGGCAUCCUUUGGAGGAGAACGUCCCCCCGCGAGGAGAAUCACCAAAGGGAAGAGAAUCACCAGAAGGAGGAGAAUCACCAAAAGGGAGAGAAUCACCAAAGGGAAGAGAAUCACCAACAUGGCAUCGUAAAGAUCGUGGGAAAUAAACAAAUGAAAUUUUUCCAAAAAUGGAAUGAACACAUCAUACGGAAUGAUAUCCUUCUGAUUGAUAUUCUCUUCGGAUUUUACUACAACUCGGAGGGCAGCUCAAACGCAAAUUUGAAGUCGUUCUUGAGGAAGUUUUGUAAUUUUGGUUACCUAGCUGAGUAUGUCAGUUAUGUGAAGGGGGGAGAAGCGAAUGGGGCAACGAAUGGGGCGACGAAUGGGGUGGCAAAACGUGUGGGAGGCCACGUUCCAAAUGGGACUUCCUUUCUGUUCAGCUUCGAUGAAGCGGCGCGGAAGAGGAGCGAAGUAGACGUGCACGCCAAAUGUCGUAUAGGCAACUCCCACGGGGGGAGCCUCUCCCAGGCCUGCAUCGUUGAGAAGUGGUUAGACGGGUCACAAACCCAACGAAGCGGAUCCACCCAAGAGGGAGGGAGGGACAUCCAAAUGGGGAUCCAUUCAGAAAGAGGAAACCCUUUUCGAACUCGCGCGAGGUAUCUGCUCAUAUUGGCGACAUUCUACGCAGGUAUGAAGAAUCAAGUGAGUUAAAUGAAGAAGAUGAAGAAGAAAAAGAAGCAGAAAAAGCAGAAGAAGCAGAAGAAGAGGCCCCUCCGACGGGACAUAAAAACGAUACCAAAAUUUUCACGCAACAUUGAUUACCUCGCCAAUUUCUUUUUCGAGAUGUUAAUUAAGUUUUUGUGCGAAGUAAAUCACAAGGUGUGCAGCAAGGACGUCGAUCUGGUUAUUCAUAACAUCGGGAAGAAUGAAGAAGUGUACUUAAGAGCAUCUGAAUUUUUGAACAACUUUUAUGGGUCAUGCACGCUUGUGUGCAGCAGGUAUGGUGAAAACGGGCUGAGCGAAACCCUUCACAAGGAGGGCGCAGUUACAUGCAGAAGAAAAAAUAUCAACGUACAGAUUUAUGACCGACGCGGUAAGGCUCACACCCUUGUGGAAAUGAUAAACUCCUUUUUUGGGGUACUCUGUUGUUUGCAGUCGAUCAAACUUAGCCUUAAAAAGGGGCGCGCCGUUUUUGUGCGUACCAAUAGGCACUACAGGAAAUACCUGCUGGGCAUAAUUUGCGGGCUGUUUGGGGGUGCGCCGGGGGGGAGCGGCGAAGGAGGUGGCGAAGGAAGUGGCGAAGGAAGUGGCGAAGGAAGUGGCGAAGGAGGUGACAAAGUAGGUGGCGAAGGACGUGGCGAAGGAUGCCGUUGGAAAGCGCCGAGCGGACAGAGCACAAAUGGCACCCCCCGCGGGAGUCGCGACUUCCAGCUGGAUCGCUUCGCACAGAAGGAACGCUCCCUAAGUGUCCUCACCUGCGCGCUCUGCAUCGCCCAAUUCGUCAGUCACUUCAAACACAUCAAAGGAGAGGUGGUCAGAAAAUUCAUCUUCAUGCUUGACUACUUUUUGGCGAACCAGGACUCCCCUAACUUUGAGCAACAAAACUGGGGAUACACCCCCCAGAAAAAUAUACACCAAAUUUACAAAACGAUCAUAACGAACUUACCCACAAGGGUGUUACCAGUUAAGUGA